GUCGUGACGUUUUUUUUAAAUUUUUUUCUGUGUUUUUAUCAUUACAUAAUAUAGAUUGAAUUUUGUAAAUUGAGUGAGUUCUUUUGUUUUAUUCUUCUUUUUCGUUGUUCUUCGGUGAUCUGUAUCUUGAAUGAAUCCGAGCUUUGAGGCUCGGGGAACUCGGAAUCCGAAAAAGCUAAUGGCAGCCGAGAAUCGCAGUCAUGGUGGAAUCAAUCCGAAUCCUUGUUAUUUGCUGAAAUUUAGACUUUACGAGACUCGCUCGAAUUUAUAUAUGAUUGGAAGAGACAAGAACGGAACCAUUUGGAGGGUAUUAAAGGUUGAUCGAUUAGAGCCUUCUGAACUUAAUAUUAUUGAAGACCCCACUACAUAUUCAGAAAUUGAAUGUUCUGAUCUGUUAAGACGGAUACAUGACGGAAACAGGUCCACAGGUGGACUUAAAUUUGUUACAGCUUGCUAUGGAAUUAUUGGGUUUGUGAAAUUUUUGGGACCUUAUUACAUGUUGCUGAUCACGAAAAGAAGGAAGAUUGGUGCAAUUUGUGGCCAUAAUAUAUAUUCCAUUACCAAGAGCGAGAUGAUAACAAUUCCCAGUUCUUCUGUCCAGUCAAAUAUGGCUUAUUCUAAGAAUGAAAAAAGAUACAAGAAGCUCCUGUGCACAGUGGAUCUUAGAAAGGACUUCUUUUUCAGCUACUCAUACAAUGUAAUGCAUAGCCUCCAAAGAAAUUUAUGUAAGAAUGAGACAGGAUUAGUACAUUAUGAAACAACGUUUGUCUGGAAUGAGUUCUUAACUCGAGGAAUCCGGAAUAAUCUCAAGAAUACUCUGUGGACUGUCGCACUGGUAUAUGGCUUUUUCAAGCAGGUCAAACUAUCUGUCUCUGGCAGGGACAUCAAGUUAAUGCUCAUUGCAAGGCGUUCUCGACAUUAUGCUGGAACAAGAUAUCUAAAACGUGGCGUGAAUGAGAAAGGUAGAGUAGCAAAUGAUGUCGAGACGGAACAAAUUGUGUUUGAAGAUGUUCCUGAAGGAUGCCCCACACAAAUAAGUUCUAUUGUCCAGAAUAGAGGCUCUAUCCCCCUUUUCUGGUCCCAGGAAACUUCACGCUUGAAUUUGAAACCUGACAUUAUAUUAUCAAAAAAGGAUCCAAAUUAUGAGGCCACAAAACUACAUUUUGAAAAUCUUGCAAGGAGAUAUGGAAAUCCAAUAAUCAUAUUGAAUUUGAUAAAGAGAUCUGAGAAGAAACCUCGGGAAGCUAUUCUUCGUACGGAGUUUGCAAAGUCCAUCAGAUUUCUCAAUAAAAUUUUAUCCAAGGAGAAGCGUUUACGGUUUCUUCACUGGGACCUAAAUAGACACUCCAGAAAAUCUACAAAUGUGUUGGAACUUCUAGGCAAAGUGGCUGAUUAUGCAUUAAACUUAACAGGCAUCUUUUACUGUCAAGUAACACCAAAUCGCAUACCUGAGGGGUUGUUGAAUUUAUCAUACUUGGUGCAAAAUGAUGAGCACCUUGUUCAGAUCCAUUCCGACAAAAGUGAUGAUAAACAGAAUUCCAUUGAAAAUGUAAAGCGCCUCAUGUUCCAGAAUGGAGUACUUAGAACCAACUGCAUCGACUGCCUAGAUCGCACUAAUGUUGCGCAAUAUUCUUAUGGUUUAAUGGCUCUUGGACGCCAGCUCCAUGCUAUGGGGUUCACAGAAUCCCAAAUUAUUGAUCAAAAUAGUGCUUUGGCGGAGGAUUUAAUGGUAGUUUAUGAAAAAAUGGGUGACACACUUGCUCUACAAUAUGGUGGCUCUGCAGCACACAACAAGAUAUUUUGCCAAAGGAGAGGUCAAUGGCCAGCAGCAACUCAGUCGCAGGAGUUCUUUAGAUCUUUGCAACGUUAUUAUAGCAAUGCAUACAUGGAUGCAGAAAAGCAAAGUGCCAUUAAUUUGUUCUUGGGUCAUUUUCAGCCGCAACAAAGUAAACCAGCACUCUGGGAGUUGGAUUCAGACCAACAUAGCGUUGGAAGUCGUGGUUCUAAUCUUCUUAAUGCAGAUGCUAGGACAUCUUUUAAAAGAUCUCUGUCUGAUGGCAACAUCCUUUGUCCCAUGGGUGCAUCAACUGUCAAACAUCAUCAGCCUCUGUCUGAAAAUAGAGGCAAAGCUACCCAUGAUCUUUCGGAAUCCACUCGAGAGAUGCCAACUCGUGACCUUACUUGUUCCAGGUUUACAAGAUUGUCUUGCAAGCAACUUUUCGGAGAAACGCAGGACCAGGUUCUUCAAAGUAAUCGCAUAUGUUAUGAAAGCGUGGAUAAAUGUAAUUGCACCAAUUUUGAUAUGGACUGGCUUUCAUCAUCGGGAAAUUCAUUUGAUGGUGAUGUGUAUGGAAGGUCUACCACUGGUCUAUCCUCUGAAAUUACUGAAAUUGUUGGUGAUGAACUAAGACUUGACACGGCUAUAUCUCCAAGUGAAUCUGGUUCUAACAUAAAGGGAGUGGACCAAACUGCAUCCGAAGUGACUCGUGGUGGUAUCAUCGGUGAAUAUUCUGAGAGCUUCGUAGAUUGGGUAACUAAUGGAGAUUUGCUUCUUCCGAUAAACGUCAAGUCGAACUAGUUCGUUAUAGAUUCGUGAUAGAAUUCAUUUCAACCACAACAAGAAACAAAUUGAAUCCAUCCGAAGGAUAGAUAUCAAUUCAAAAUAAUACAAAUAAAUCGGCUUAAAGCGUAGAAGGUCUGGCUUCUGCCGAAGGAAAAGCAAU